AUGAAGCAUGGUGUGAACAAGAAACGGGUCUCGUUUAGCCAUAUAGCUUUGAUUGUGCAACGAAAAAACCGGUUGCCACGAUCCGGGACAAAUGCUUUAAAAGCCCAUCGAAUCAGUCAAUCACUCGAUCCUCACAACACAUCCACAACAAUGAUUCGUUUCCUGGUUCUUCUGGCCACCUCCGUUGCUCUGGCCAUUGCCUUCCACCAAUACAGAGAGCUCAAAUGUACGACCCCUACAAAUACUAUUCGAGGAGGUCCUGAUCGAGCCCAAUGCCAGCUGACCCUGAAGGAGGAAGAGCUUGAACCCGGCCGGCCAGUGCCAAAGGAGCUCGGAUGCUGGAAGGAGGACCAUGAAGGUGAAGAGAGGGAGUACUGCGAUUUGGUCUGCCCCAACUCCCAUACCGUAUUCAUCGCCCACAUCGAUCAGGGACACAGAGCAUGCUUCAACUACAUCACCUAUCAGAUUGAGAAGCGUGGAGAGGAGCGUUAUUUGUGGCGCAGUGGAAAAUGCCUCAACUCCACAGUCAACUACCGUAUCGGAUGCAAGUUCGACGAUCCAUUCGACACCCAGUUCAAGUCGGACAACGAGAUUCUCGCCCAUCUCCGCGCUCGUGCUCGCCGAGUCUAA